AGACGAAACAGGUUCAGGCUUUGUUGGUGCUUUUUUUUGUGAAAAUUUAGAUCAAGAUCUAGUAGAAGUCCUGAAAUUAUGGUCCUAGACCAACGACAGACUAGCAGCUUCGUAGUUCUUCUCCUUUCCUAGUAUAAAAAUGAUAUGAUUCCUUUCCUCUGAACUUAUACUUAAAUAGAUACACCAAAAGAACCCUUCUACUACAAGACUCUACUACAGAACUUUAUAUCUAGUAGUACGUCAAAAAUCUACUACAAAACUGCACUAUAUCAAAAUUGUGUCAUCUGUAAAACAAAACUAUACUCCAAAGCAUUCUGGGCGUGCCACUGCUCCGAACAGUCAGAAUCAAUAUAGGAAUACAGAACAAGAAGAGUCCGCAAAUCCGCAGCAAUGGCGUCUUACAAGGAGCGACGCGCGCAGCGUGAUGCCAUGAAGAGCGUGAACUUGGCAAACCGACGGGAGCACUUCAGAAACACGAGAGGUGGCAGAGAACGAACGCCAAUUAUGCUGGGUUUAGGUUGUCAGAGUGAGACAUUAUACUUGUAGAAGAAUAGAAAUCAAAAUUAUCACCUAUGCAACAUUGUUGUAAGCUAAGUACAAGCUACGCUAACCCAAGCAGCUACUGUAUUGUAAGUUGCAAGUAGCUAGUACUGACAAAGAGUCUAUGUUAAACUAACGCAAGUGCUGCUUCCAUAGCUCUAGAGCACACAGGAAGUUGAAUAUCUUCGUUUUGCUAACAUCAUAAUAAACCCCCAAGAUACUUAUUCAAGAAAUUUCUAAAUAGCCCCGAAGAUCUCUAUUCCAUCCGGCAUGAGCAUCCUAGAAAUUUGAACGCUGAACCCCGAAGAUCUAAAUUCCGACACCAGCAUCCUAGGUCUUCUCCUGGUCUAGCAAGGGAGGCAACUCAGAACGACGGACUUUCGGACGAGGAAAACACAGUAUCGAAGGUACUCGCGAUCCUUCUCCGACAUGGGAUCUACGACGCUUACAAACGUGCGCCGUAUCGAGAACCAGUUAGGAUUUAAUGUGUCGAUUACUGAAGUCUAUGAUAGAUUAAUCUGUCUAGCUACAACUGACGAGGACGUCGAAACUUUUUUUUGCAAUUCAUUCGACAAAAAGUUUUUUGUCGAGUCUAAGAAGGAAGAAAGAGUUCUUAACUACCUCUAACUAUGAGAGUAAGAGCAAGUAAGUAGGGCAGUGUCUUUAUCUUAUCUUUAAUGAUCAGGGACCUCGACGGACAACUUUGUUACAACACAUUUAAUGACCGAUCAAUGAUCCUUAUAUAUAGAAUGAUACUACUAGGGUGCUAGGAAAGGCACUAUCAGGGGCAUACGCAUGACAUACUUCUAGAAUGACCAAUAUAGAGUCUAAUCUUAACUACUACGAUGAGAGCGGUUUUGUUCCUGUAGAAUGGUUGUGCAACAUGGUUGGUGGUACUUUGAAUCAUUUCAAUGUGGGAACCGUACUCAAGAUAGUGGAACGCAGCGUCAAGAACGAGGAUGGUAUUGGUAACUUCUAAUGAAGCUUCAUAAAGUAGUAGCGUAAAAAAGAAAGCGGACGGCAUCGAUUAAACGCAAAUCUUUGAUCUGAAAUAGGAAUUGUAGAUCUACUCUGCUCUACUGCUGAUAGUUUAUGACGAUAUUACUUGAAUGCUGUUUCAGCAUGUUGACUAAGUACUAUUAUUUAAUCAGAAACACUGCGUUGUUGACAAGGCAGACUGCCGCAUUUCUCUCCUUGCGCUACCUACUAUUCUCUACUUCGUUGAAGUAGAAUGAACACGCAAAAGUUCUUGUUCUCUCCCAUCCUCAAGUAUACGAUAUGCGCAACUACGUGACAGUCUCACAUAAAACUACUGCACAGAGGAUGCCGGAACUGCGCUGGGCGGAAGAUUUGAGAUUGCAAAUGUUCCUGAAGCAGGAAAAGAGAGCUUAUUCAUUCGUGCGACUGUUAUGGUUUUGCAUGGCCUGGGCCUAUUCUUUCUGUGACUAAGGAAGCCCAUAUCAUUUGUUCUUAAAAAAGAGCCCGUUUCUAAAAAAACACGAGAAAGCAUAAUAAAAACGAGAUGAAAUUAUAACUAAGUUACUCUACAGCCUUCUAUGCAAUCUAUGAUUAGAAAUUUCCUCGAAGAUGAGAAAGCAUAGCGUGGGAGAUGACGAGCUGCCUUGGGCUUCCGUAAAGCAUAUUCACAAACCACUCUGGGAAUUUUGGUCGGAUGCUAUUGAGGGCAAUUGGGCUCCAACGAAAAUCCUGUGUGAUUGGGCCAAAAAGGGUGCUAAGAAAUAUGAUAGUGCUCAGUAUAAUUAUUCAACAUUGGUUUUUCUUGUUGUACUUCCUAUUCGUUAGUCGCAUUAUCUGCUACUUGCAGAACAUGAAAAGGAUCAAUUUUCAAUAUACGACGGACGGUGUUAGUACUACUUGAUGUUGCUGGCGCUGCUCUUGAAAAAAACUCUUCAAAAAUUCCAUCUCAACAGUCGCUUUUCCGGCAAGUGAAAAGUCCUCGACAGUCACAUCUUUGUCCUCCACUGUGACGUCUUUUUGUGAUGACGCUGCCGACUCCGUUAAGGCUGGUGUAUGCAAGUUCGAAUAUAUCAAGGAAGAGUAGCAGUGCUGGUGUAAGUCAUCGCAUCAUGCGAAUCUGAAUUAACUUCCAAGGCAUUACAUUAAGUACAGUCUCAGGACUGUGCCUCCGAAGACUUUACUUCGAUGUACUGUUGCUCUAUUCAGUCCUGUGCCUCUCACAAGGACUGUACAACGUCUAAGAUAAAAAGCGGCACGAAAAUCAAUUUCGCAGAAUCUGAGGGAGGACAAGAGAGCGAGAACUCAAGCGAUCGACCACCGUCCUUCAGGGAGAAACCGGCCUCCAGGGAGAAGCCGUUAAAGGAUAACAAGAAAGCACCAGCAGUCUGCAUUAUGAUAGAUGCUUUCCCUCCUACUUAUGUGCGUACCAUAACAAUGACUGGGUACACUACUUAGGUAUGCACGACUGGGUAGAUUACUAUUAGAUAGGAAUGAAAUCAAGGAUGUUGAAUGAACAGGAUACUUGGACGUACUCGGAGGUCCUACAACCUUCGCUACUUUAAUUUCAACACCGGGUUACAGCACCUGAUGGCGUAAGGGUGACACUCAUAGAAGGCAGAGGCGGAAGCUAGACAAGAACACGAAGAGUACUAGUGAAGAGAAGUAUUUCUAAACGAUGACUUUUAUUCCUUGAAAGGCAUGUUGCUGGACUAGCUCGUAGUUGUAGUAGACAGAAUGACUUGCAGCUUUAUAUUAACUUUGUGUUGACGUCAGAGGACCUUCUUAUCGUACUAAAUAUGAGCAGUCGUGCGCACAUUUACCCAUUUGAUUCUAUGUCUACCAAGUAGUUAAUUGUAAGAGUACGCAGUUCGAGUUGCGUAAUCUAUCAGGUGUAUUGUUCGUUCUUGUGCCAGUUGUCGUGGUCACUCUCAGUAAUAGUUCCUGCGGUAUCGGGAAUGUUCAACGCAUAGUAGAUACAUGACACACCUUCUGCUAAGGAGUGUGUGACACAUAUAUAUAAGUACUACUUGUACUCCUUGUGAUAUACAAAAACAGUUUGUACCCUUCACAUUGAUCGUCGGCCAAGAAAGAAGUAG